CGCGCGCGUGGAACAGGCGCCUCAGUGCGAGCAGUCGCGAUAUAAAACUCGUGAGGUGAUCUGGUGUCCCGUUGAAUCGUACGUGGGACUGCUCGAGGUGAACACAGUGGACCCGUUGUGUACAUGCACAGUUUUCCGUGCUCUCUUCUCCAUAGACGCCGCGCCAGUGGAUAACUCCACCAAACCGCAGACGUCUCUCCGCGAGGGAAUCACCGUCGAGGAGGAACGUGGACGUACCAGGAGAGUGCGAGAGAGAGAUAGAGUGACAGAGAAACUGGAUUGCGCAGUAGUCGUUUCUACCGAAAAAAAAAAAAUAACAAAAAAAAAUAAGACUGCAUCGCUGGAAACGGGAUAUUAUACACAGGACAAUCAACCCCCAUUUAACCACGGCAGCGUGCAGUGCACGGGAACGCAGCGUCAAACACGAAGCUACUGGAGGGUCGCAGCUCGGGGCGUAACGACGAGGGGAGGGCGAUGAAGACGACGACGUUGUCCACCAGUGACAUGAUGAUCAAGCAGGAGAUCAAGGAUAUCUGCAAGGAUCUCGUCCUAUCCGAUGAUCAGCUACGGAUGGUCAUGGAGAGGCUGGACGGAGAGAUAAACAAGGGCCUCUCGAAGGAGACGCACAAGGAAUCCGUCGUGAAGUGUUUCACCACCUACGUUCAAGACCUUCCCGAUGGCACAGAGAAGGGCAACUUCCUGGCGUUGGAUUUGGGCGGUACGAACUUCAGGGUGCUCUUGAUCACUCUGGACGGCAUGAACUUCGAUAUGAAGAGCAAGAUCUACGCGAUACCGCAGAGUCUGAUGCUGGGAACCGGUACCCAGCUGUUCGAUCACAUAGCCCAGUGUUUGGCGCUGUUCGUUAAGGAUCUGAAUCUUCAUGACCAGGUCCUGCCUUUGGGAUUUACCUUCAGCUUUCCGUUGACACAGGAAGGACUAACGAAAGGAUACCUCGUCAGAUGGACGAAGGGCUUUAAUUGCAGCGGUGUGGUGGACGAGGAUGUCGUCGCGCUUCUCGAACAGGCGAUCGCGAGAAGAAACGACGUCAAAAUCGACGUGUGCGCCAUUUUGAACGACACCACCGGCACAUUAAUGUCUUGCGCUUGGAAAAACAGGAAUUGCCGUAUCGGAUUGAUCGUCGGAACGGGCUCGAACGCCUGUUACGUGGAGAAGACGAAGAACGUGGAGUGCGCGGUGCCCGGAAACUUCGUACCCGAAAAGCAACAUAUGCUGAUCAACACCGAAUGGGGCGCGUUCGGCGAGCGUGGAGUUCUCGAUUUUGUGCUGACGGAGUUCGAUCGGGCGAUCGACGAGAAUUCGAUCAACCCGAAGAAACAGCUGUUCGAGAAAAUGAUCUCUGGAAUGUACACCGGCGAGCUGACGAGGUUGGUGCUUGAGAAGGUCGUCGACGCGGGCCUGUUAUUCGGCGGAAAGUGCCCCAGCGAUCUCAAGAAACGUGGGAAAUUCUUCACUAAAUACGUUUCCGAAAUUGAAAACGACCCGAAAGGUAAAUACACAAACUGCCGUGAAGUUCUAGCGGAAUUGGGUAUGCGAAAUGUGAGCGAUCAGGAUUGCGAGAACGUUAGGUACGUUUGCUCUGUUGUCUCGAGGAGGGCGGCCCAUCUUGCCAGCGCCGGUAUCGCCACGCUUCUCAACAAAAUGGGGGAGGACAACGUCACGGUCGGCAUCGACGGUUCGGUCUACAGAUUUCACCCACACUUUCACGAUCUUAUGACCGAAAAGAUCAGCCAGUUACAGAGUCACAAGUUCGACCUGAUGUUGUCAGAAGACGGCAGCGGUCGUGGCGCGGCGCUGGUCGCCGCGGUGGCCGCGAGGAACCGGUGAAGAUAACGGCUGUGCCGGGUCUUAUUCAAAACAUAGCUUAAAUUAAGUCAUAUACGCAGUAACUACACAAAAUCUGACACACAAACACACUAUCGAACACACAUACACGCGCGCGUACACAUAUACAGACGCAUGAAAGAAAAAAAAAAAUGAGUCACGUGUAUGCGUCGAGGAUGAAAAAAUCGUGAGACGUGUGAGCUAGCGAGGAAUACAUUGUGAAUAAAAAUGUGUGAGACUGCCUGCGUGAGGAUCGAGCGAGUGAACGAGAAAAAGAGAGAGAGGAAACGAGUGAAGAAAAAAUUGUACAGAAGAAAUGAAAAA